AAAAAAAAAAAAAAAAAAAAAAAAAGAUUAGCCUCAGCUGUGGCUAAUGCUAGAGGAAAAUUGAUCCAAGGAAUUUUGAAAACGAAACCAAAUCGGCGGAUCUGACAAGGAGUUUGUCCUUUAUUUGGUGCAGGAGAUUGACCUGCAGGUCUGUGAGGUAUUGCAAUGGCUACUGAGGCGCCCAUGGAACAGGGCCCUACCCCUGUUUUACCUCCUGCUCCUGACUCUCGUCUUCCCAAAGAAGAGAUGGUAACCCUGGGUCUACCGAUAGCCCCAACUCCUGAGCCUUCUCAAACCUUCGAGCAAGUUACUUCCCUGGGAGAAGCUGCACCCCCUCCACAAUGUGACCCACAGCCCACCCUAGUCCAGCUUCUUGCCUCAAUUCCUGUCCCUACACCUGCCCCUGUUCCUGUUUCAGCUCCUGUCUCUGCUCCUGCCACAUCUCCUGUCUCCGCCCCUGUCGCAGGCCACAAUGCAGCUCUUGUCUUGGGCCCUGAUUCGGCCCUUGUCUCUGGUGCUGUUCCUGGCUCACAGGUGCCACCGGCUCCUCUGCAGCCUCUGGUUCCUCCAGCCAGCACCAAGAACCCCAGCUGCAAAAUCAUGACAUUCAGACCCACGAUGGAGGAGUUCAAGGACUUUUCCAAAUACAUUGCCUAUAUGGAAACUCAAGGAGCUCAUCGUGCUGGUCUGGCAAAGGUAAUUCCUCCUGAGGGAUGGAAACCCAGAAAGAACUAUGAAACUAUUGAGGACAUGGUGAUCCCAGCUCCCAUUACUCAAGUCGUAACUGGCCAAUCUGGUCUGUUUACACAAUACAACAUUCAGAAGAAGUCCAUGACAGUUGGUGAAUAUCGCAAACUGGCCAAUAGCAAGAAAUACUGCACUCCUCGCCAUAAAGACUUUGAUGACCUUGAGAGGAAAUACUGGAAAAACCUGACUUUUGUAUCACCAAUCUAUGGGGCUGAUGUUAGUGGCUCCAUUUAUGAUGAGGAUGUCCAUGAGUGGAACAUCGGCCAUCUAAACACACUACUGGACAUGGUGGAGCAGGAGUGUGGCAUUGUCAUUGAAGGGGUCAACACUCCGUACCUGUAUUUUGGGAUGUGGAAAACAACAUUUGCCUGGCACACAGAGGACAUGGAUCUCUACAGCAUCAACUAUCUGCACUUCGGACAGCCUAAGUCCUGGUACUCCGUUCCUCCUGAGCAUGGCAAGAGGCUUGAGAGACUGGCACAAGGUUUUUUCCCAGGCAGCUCACAAGGCUGUGACGCCUUUCUUCGCCAUAAGAUGACUCUGAUCUCACCAUCCAUCCUGAAAAAAUACAGUAUCCCCUUUGACAGGAUAACUCAGAAUGAGGGAGAGUUCAUGAUCACUUUCCCUUAUGGUUAUCACGCUGGCUUCAACCACGGCUUCAACUGCGCAGAGUCCACUAACUUUGCCACUCUGCGUUGGGUGGAUUAUGGCAAGAUGGCUACACAGUGCACCUGCCGCAAGGACAUGGUGAAGAUCUCCAUGGAUGUGUUUGUGCGCUGCCUUCAGCCUGAACGCUAUGAGCUGUGGAAACAGGGCAAAGACACCACCAUGUUGGACCACCUGAAGCCCACCGAGCUGAGCAGCCCUGAAUUGGAGCGAUGGAAGAAGAGCCGUGUGGAGUACAGAGCCAGUGCCCUUCGCAAGGCCAUGCAGAAGAUGAAGCAGUUCAGACGCCUCAAACUGGAUGAGGUGAAGCUGCUGGCGGAGGAGGGUGUGGAGCUGGAUGCGGUCAGUUACCAGCGGCAGGUGGAGGAGCGUGAGGCCCAGCGCAGACAGGAGAGGGCUGAGCGUCUCGCCAGAGAGGCCAUGCUCACGUUGGAGGCCAUAGAGCUCAAGGAGCAGGAGGCUGCAGCCAAAGCAGCAGAGGAAGCUCUUUACAAUGAUGAAAUGGAGGAGAAGAACCAACUAAAGCAGCAGAGAAAAAUGGCACAUCUCCAUAGCGCCAUCACUGGGUUUGAGGAAGAAUUUGCGGCGUUUGCCAAAUCAGGUGUUACAGGUAUCCAGGUGGGGAACACGUUGAAAGAAGAAAAUCGUGACCUAAACAGUACUCAGCCAAGUUUCUCCAAAAUAAAAAUGCCUGCAGAAGUGAUGAAGAGCCGUCGCCACCCACUGAGCAAGCCGCCAAUGCGAUCGCCACUGUCCAUCGUCAAACAAGAAACCACCAAUGACAAAGAUCUUCCCUCUCGCUCUUCACCGGACAAUGAGGCGAAGAAGCAGGAACCCAUUUGGCAGAACAUCUCACAGAAAGGCUUCAAUGCUGCAGUGGCAGGACUCAGCCCACACUGUGCCAUCUGUGCCAUGUUCUGUCCCUAUGUCAAGAAUGGAAAAGAGCUUUCAAAAGAGCCUCCAAAAACCAAGGGAAGCAGAACUCGCCCUCUUGUUCCUGAAAUGUGCUUUAGUGCUGGAGCCGGAAAUACUGAACCUCUUCCCACCAACACUUACAUCGGAGAAGAUGGCACUAGUGUUCUCAUCAGCUGCUCAACCUGCCUUGUGCAGGUUCAUGCCAGUUGUUAUGGUGUGAAGCCAGACUCUGUGAGUGAUAACUGGACCUGUUCCAUGUGUGCAGCAGGUGCUUUCACUGUGGAGUGCUGUCUCUGCAACCUGCGCGGAGGAGCUUUGAAGACUACUACUGACAAACGGUGGGUCCAUGUGAUCUGUGCCAUAGGCGUGGCCGAGGCUCGCUUCGUCAAUGCUCUUGAACGAGAACCAGUGGAUGUCAGCGGCGUUCCUGAGACGCGCAAGAAUCUGAAAUGCGUUUACUGCCUGGGUCAGAAUUUCCAUCAGAACCGAGGAGCUUGUAUCCAGUGUUCCCAUGAGAACUGUGCCACCUCAUUCCACGUCACCUGUGCCCAGAUCGCUGGAGUCGUCAUGAAGCCCGCCGACUGGCCCUACGUCGUCUCUGUCACCUGCCACAAGCAUAAAAAGCCAAUGCCAAAGCCUCGAGUAGCACCCAAAGGGCCACAGGGUCCAUCUCUGGGACAGCGGGUGAUUGGGCGGAACGCUGAUGGCUGGUACUACCACUGUACCAUCAUCGGUAUGGCAACGCAAACACUGUAUGAGGUCAACUUUGACGAUGCUUCAUACUGUGACAACCUGUACCCUGAAAGCAUUCUGAGUCACGACUGUCUGCAUAAUGGUCCUCCAGAGAAGGGAGAGUUGAUUGUGGUCAGCACUACCGAAGGUCAAGUUUUGAACGCCGCAUUUAUCAGAGAACACAUUCACAAGUUUUAUCAGGUGGAGUUUCAGGACCAGAGUCAGUUGAUGCUCAAACACCAUGAGCUCUACAGCCUGGAGCAAGACCUGCCUAAACGCGUCAGAGCUCGACUUGCUAUACUUUCAACAGAGGCUCCCUCUGCACAGGAUGGCAGCACUGCAGCGAAGCGCCGCUGUCUGCCCUCUGGUACCACCUCUGCACCUCCUGCCGCAAACGCCGCCCCUAUGGCCCCCAUGGCAACUACACAAACGUCCUCUCCUCCAACGGUAGCCUCCACUGCAGUCCCUAAUAGUAUUAACUCAUCAACAGUGACCUCACCCCCCCUGAGGCAGGUUAGCCCUGUGCUGUCCCAGGGCGUCCCAGCUCCGUUGCCCCCAGCCAUGUCUGCUCAAACCAAUGGUCUACACAUGAACAGUAUUGGUGCAAUGGACACGAGCGCAGCACUUUCACACCAUCUCACAGUGUCGCCCCUCGCGGCAGACCCCACCCUGGGACUGCAGGCCACGCCCUUUCAGUCCACGUUGAACUCUGACCCUCUCCUGUCCACGCCGUCACCCCCUAUGCCCCCUCAGCAUAUGGCCCACAGCUACACGGCCAGUGGUAACUACGUGACCUACAUGGAGAGCCUCCUCAAUGCAAAUUUCCCUCAGGAAGACCCCGCGGGGCCCCUGUAUUAAACUAAUGUGAGCUUUUGGAGGAUGAAGAAUUAAGUUGGACAGUGUGACGUGCGCACUGGAGCUGGUACAGACACAUGAGCGCUCUUACUGCAUGGACUUCUGUGUUUAAGUUAAUAUAUUUGAGUGGUGCUUUAACCUGCACUUAUAGGACAGUGCUUUUUUUAAGUUCUUCUGUUUUCUUGUUAUUUUUAUAUAUUUUGUUUCCUUCAUGUGUCAUGACAGGGAGCAAACAUGUCUUCACCAUCAUAAACUCUGGGUGGAAUACCUCUGCAUUUCCUGAACUGCACACUCUGACUUUGUGAUUUAGAAAACUUAUUAUUUGUUAAUAUUUAAUUUUUUGUUUGUUUGUUUGUUUUUGAGGUGGGAAUCAAAUAACCAGCAGCAAUGAACAUUUUCUGAUUCCUGCCACUUCUGAGCUUCUGAGUCAUCUUCAGUUUAUCUUGUCAUGACGAUGUAUUUUCUUGUUGAGGGUAUAAAAUGGGAAAUGGGAAUUAAAAUGUAUUGUAUAGGAAGCUCAGUAUUUCAAUGUCCUAGUCAUAUAUUGAUAUAAUUAUUUGUACUAGAAGAACAUGUUGGAUGCAAACACUAGUCUAUUGUCUGCAGAAUGCAUUACAAUUGUGAAAAUGUCACAGUAGUUGAGCUAUGAGAGGUUAUGUAUUGAACUAAAAGGCGGCUUCACUUUUUAUAUCAACAUUAGUCUCAGGGUUCCUACAUCAGAGUAAUAAUACAACAUUUUCUAAUACUACUGCCCAUAUGAAAGCACUGUUUGACUCUCUCAUUUGGUCUCAGCACAUAAUGAUUAUCUCUUGCAACUUGUAAAAAUGGCUUAUUGGCGAAACUAUGUAGGAGCCCUUACUCAACAUUUUGUACCAAACUUGUAUGUUGAAACAUAAUUGUACAAUAUCUGUGUCUUAUUUCUAUGACUCUGUUCUUACCUAUACUCAUGUUCACUUUACUACAAUGCUGGCCUGAAAUACUACAGCUGACAGUUACAGGUUCAUGAAUGUUUUGAACAUAACUUUCACUUGCCCUACAGAAUAAACCUGCUAUUGAAAGCCCAAUACUGUGUAAAUACCACAGGCCAUAACUAUUGUGAAUCAGAUUCUCUUUGUUUUCUUUCUGUCCUUUCAGCUAAAUCUUUCAAUCUGUUAUUAUUACUAUUAUUAUGUAUCAAAUUAAUGACCCACCAUGAUGUCAUACACAUUAAAACUUGCUAGUCGCCA